AUGUUCAGAUCCUGUCUCCGUAGAUCAGUCAGAAGUUUAGCCACUGUUGCUGAAGAAAAGACUCCAAGACUCAAGAAAUUUCAAAUUUAUAGAUGGAACCCAGAUACUCCAGAAGUACAACCCAAAAUGAAGGAAUACGAAGUUGACUUAAACAAAUGUGGUCCUAUGGUUUUGGAUGCUCUUUUGAAAAUCAAGAAUGAGGAAGAUGCCACCCUUACUUUCAGAAGAUCUUGUCGUGAAGGUAUUUGUGGGUCAUGUGCCAUGAACAUUGGUGGUAGAAAUACUUUGGCUUGUUUGUGCCGUAUAGAUACUGAUACUUCAAAAGAUACCAAGAUCUAUCCUUUGCCUCACAUGUUUGUUGUCAGAGACUUGGUACCAGAUUUAACACAUUUUUACAAACAAUACAAGUCUAUUGAACCAUACUUGCAAAGAGAAGACCAACCAGCUGACGGUAGGGAAAACUUACAAAGUAUUGCUGACAGAGCCAAGUUGGAUGGUUUAUACGAAUGUAUUUUGUGUGCUUGUUGUUCAACAUCAUGUCCUUCAUACUGGUGGAAUCAACAACAAUACCUUGGUCCAGCCGUAUUGAUGCAAGCUUACAGAUGGUUAAUUGAUUCAAGAGAUCAAGCCAGUGCCAAGAGAAAAGCAAUGUUGCAAAACUCCAUGUCUUUGUAUAGAUGUCACACCAUUAUGAACUGUGCUAGGACUUGUCCUAAAGGGUUGAACCCAGGUAGGGCAAUCGCUGAGAUUAAGAAACAAAUGGCAUUCGAUUAA